CACUAGCACAGCAUGGUUCGUUCGCCCUCAUAACUUUUGUUAUGACAUUAUUAAUGUUGUUCAGAAAGCAGUUUUAGUGAAGAUUGAAUGGUUUUUAGAUUAAGUAGAAAAUAAAGGAGUACUCUUCUGUAGUGUAUUGUUGUUCAACUGAGACAUAUGCAGUGUGUUUGAUGGCCGCAGGAUAAUUAAAGCCAAGGUAAAGACUAUACAUUCACAAUUCCUAUAGUUAUAAACAAGAAAAAAAGAUAUAGGCAAGUACUAUUGUUUUAGAUGCCGGUAAAAUGGACUAGAAUUUCAUGAGCUGUUUAGUCAGCAUGCUACCGCUCAUCAGUGCGGAGGACCAAAUUUUUUCGAGGUAGGGCAGCCGAUACUACAGCACGUGAGACUUCCUCACUGCUGGCCUCUAGCGCCACGGCGUGCGCCUCGACCGUCCAGUUUGGCAUCCGGUACCAGCACUCCCGCUGCCUGCUACUAGCCGCUAGCCCGCCGGGGUUCGUGCGUGGCAUGCGCCUGAGCUCGUGGUUUGUGUUCUGUUGUUCCUGUUCGUACCUUCGUGAUGACUGGUCCGGUACGUCGUGUGUGUGUGUGUGUCGUAUGUGCAGCUAUCAGGCAAGGGCAUGACCCAAGUCACAGCCCAACAUCAAAGAGAACUCUUCCUUUCAGUUACUUAUUGCACCUGUCAUCUGUCGAUCGAGCGUGUUUGCCGGAAAUAAAGGUUCCGCCGGUGCUACCACUAAUAUCCUUGUACUGUAGUAGCUUCAGUAUUUCUCCCACUUUUUCUGCUACAUGUGUAAAUGUAGUUACAAUUGAGAAAGCGAGAAAUAUUUGUUUUGUGAAAAAAAUUGACAUAUCUUUGUUAUCUAGAUAUCAAAUUUAUUGCAAAUUAUUGCUGAAUGCAUCUUCAUUUGAGAAAAUGUGGACGGCCACAGGAGAAACAUAAACUUUGUCAUAUAAAGUUGGAAGUGUUUAACUGCUCAAACUUUCUACUUUGCAAACAAAUAAAGUGAUGCAAGGUAUUCAGAUGUCUACGGUUGAUGAGAAUUUACACUGAGUUCAGCAUUAAAGUAUUUAAUUGUUGCUUUUGUGAUUGCUACUGUUUCAUGGUUUCAGAAACAUGUCUAUUGUGGACUGUUUCAUAGCUUAUCUUUUCCAAUCUUUUAUCUACAUAUAUCUACCUCAUGUUAAUGCACUAUCAAAAUUGUCUCAUUAAUUCUUGUCACUUUCUCAAAUAAAAAUUAUCCUUUGCCUGGCUUGCCCCUAAUUAUAUAAACCCUGUCAAAAUUCUAAAUCUUAUUUCAUAUGCAGAACUCGAAGAAUUUCAAGAAAGAUCAUUGCUUCAAGUCUAAGGGCUCAAAAGCAGUUGACCAUUACCUGUCACAGUAUACAAAACACCUAUCUAAUAUUGGGGGAAAUUCAGCUGAUAUGUUCAUAUGUGAAUCAUCCACCCAAUUAGCUACAAUGCUUUCCAAGGCCAGUACCAUACCAACAUUGGAGCCAAAAGAGCAUGUGGUAACAUCAAAUGCCAAAUUGGAGACAGACAUAGGGUAUGAAAAUUUACGCAGAAGAGAAGGGCCCAUCACUCCAGAGUCUAGGAAAGUUGGGUAAAUGUAAUCUUUUUAUGG